GUCACCCACCAUUUGACGGCGACACACGACAGGCCUAGUUGGCUGCACACACACAGUGGACUUGAGUGAAAUACUUUCCAAAACAUGUUCUGUAAUUUUGUUUUGGGCUUUUUCUUCUUAUGGAAAACACAAACAGUGAGUGCCCAGCAGGCCAGCCAAACAAUAGUCAGCCCAUUAAUGAUAGCGGAAGGAGGAUCUUUUACUGUAAGAUGUGAUGCAUCACGUGGUGGCGUUCCAACAAACUUUCAAACUAUUUCAAGGCUGAACUUAGUAUGGACACCUGGGACAGUUGCACCAAUAACCCUGGCAAGAUAUAGGACAUUUAUUUCUCCCUACAAUAACUCGUAUCCACCACAGACAUCUCCAGCAAGAAACUGGACUUUCAAUUUCUCUGGAGGCCAACAAGGAACAUCAGAAAGACUCAAUAACAGAAACACGAUGAAAAUAGAAAUGGUGGUCUAUGAUGCUAAAUGUGCUGAUGCUGGACUGUAUUUCUGUAACGCUACAUACAUUACUCCAAAUGAUGAUGAAAUAACUGUUUAUCAGUAUCAAAAUGUCACCAGCAUCAUCCAGGCAGUUCCCCUAUCCCUGACGUUAUUCCCCCAGUAUGAGGAGGGACUGGGUCCAUACGAGUCUGUCAAUCCUGCAGGGUCUAAUGUUACUUUGACGUGUAGGGUUAAUGGUCCAAAAGCUUUAACCUUUACCUGGAGGUAUGGCAAGCCUAGCUCUGAUGUCAACAGUUUCACGUCAUAUCCUGUACAAAACGAUAUAUUAGUUUAUGAACCUUUUCAAAUCAGUUCUGGGACAACCUGUAUCCAGUACCGUCAUACGUCAACACUGAAGUUUCAAACAGAAGACAUGUAUGAUGGCUACAUGUAUGUGUGUGUGGCUACAGAAAACAACAGAGACACAAUUGUUGGGAAUAUCACGAUAUACAUUAAACUAGCUACACCAGCUCCUGCCCCAGACGAAGAUACGUCAGAUAACAAAAACAAUGUGAAAGUGCUGUACUACAUUCUUCCAGUGGUUUUUGUUGUCGGUGUAGGUGUUGUUGUACUUGCGGUUUACUUUAGAAAAGGAUGUCCAAAUCGAGUCAUGAAUAAACCAAGUGAACCCAAGUCUACCACACCAACCACAAUAAGGACUUUACCUACACCACCUGAUAACGAUGGAUACGCACAGGUUAGUGACGCCAGCGGGGGUUAUGACCAGCUGGGAGAAACAGCAGGACUCGAUCCCCCAUAUGGUGCUACAGACCCAACAUCUGCCAGAGAGCCGAAGGUCCAGAGUGAAACACACCACUACAGUUCUAUUGACGACCCUCACUACACCAACGACAGCGUUGAUAGUCACCACACAAAUGGUCUUCAACAGAAUCAAACAAUACAUUACAACAAUUUGCCACAAAAUUCACAACUAGCUUUAAACCAAGAUAGACAAAACAAUGUUAUUCCUACAAUGGAGUUGAACGAGUACAUAAACGUGUACGAUACACCAGAAGAAACGGCGUACAACGACACAGUAAAUACAUAUUUGACUCCUAAAUUCGACUCUUGA